AUGUCUGAAUUAAUUCAGCUUAAUAAUUUAGUUACUGAUUCUGUAAUUGUCUCUGAUUCUUUGUCAUUAGACAAUGAAAUAACUAUAAAUGUUCCGUUUCCUCCGAAAAUUAAUCCAUGUGAUUUGAUAACCAUGCUUCCUGAUGGAAAUGUUCCUACUAGAACUCCUAAUGCUUUUAUAAUUUAUCGUAAAGCAUUAAUUGAAGCUGUACGUGCUGAGGGUCAUAAUUUACCCAUGUCCUCUAUAUCUUCCAUUGCCUCUAAACAAUGGUACAAAGAACCCGAAAACGUGAAAUCUGAAUAUAAAAGACUUGCGAUUGAGGCUUUCAAUUAUAGUAAUACAAUUAUUAAAUCAAAUUCCAUAUCUCGUCGCAGAAAGAAUGAGCGUUGGAAUACUAUUACUUUCAAUAAUAAUAGCAUGACUUCCCGUAAAGAUCCUAAAAGGCCCAAAAAAUUGUCAAAAAAUUCAAAGGUCCAAUCUUCUUCCAGACGUAACUCUACUACUCCCGAAAACGUAUUACAAAAUACUACUAAUGAUAUCGUUAAUGAUAAUAUUAAUCUUAAUACAACUAAUGUUAACGAUACCAUUAAUGAUGAACAUACGUUUACUUCAACUAAUAAUAAUAUUAUUGCUAAUAUUAUUGGUAACAUAAAUGAUACAAAUAAUCGUUUAUUAACCACUGAUGAAAAUUUAUUACCGUUACCUGCUGAUUGGGAUGAAUAUUCUUAUCAAAGCCCUGAAAUUGUUUCGAUCUCAAAUAAUGAUUGUUUACUUGAAGACAACCUUGAUGUCAUGUUAUCUCCAAUAUCCCCAUUCAAUAAUCAGAAUUUUUCGGAUUCCUUUGUUAAUACUCAACAAAUUUUAACUGAAGUACCGCAUCAAAAUAUUUGGUUGGUGGGAAAUGGUAUUAAUAACGGACCCUAUUAUUACGAUACAAAUUUAACAUGCCAAUUUGAUAAAAAUGUAAAUGAUGGCUUGUUUGUUUCGGAAUUUCCGUAUAUUGAUACCGGAAAGUUGUGCCUAGAUACUAUAAAGAACUAUAAUAUUGCAAUUUGA